GUUCUCGUUGCUCGAUCAUCGCUAGAUUGGAUGCCAAGUAGAGUAAACUCUUUAUAUUCUGAUGUUGGAGCGUGGAGCGGUAAAUUUAGACCAGUUAUGGAUGAAAUAGAAUCAGACGAAGCGUUGAGAUUUUAUCAAUUUCUAAACUAUUUGGAUGGGGGAAGUUUUGGAACUGGACCUAUAGAUGAGUUUGUAGAUGCUAUGAGUAGAUUGGCGUCGUAUAUGAAACAACAGAAUAGUCGAGAGACUCAAGUAAGGGGUAUGCGUGAAUUAGAAGCGAUUAAUGGCGAAAAAGGAAACAGCAUUAAAACUGUUCUUGAAGUUAGCACCGUCAUAAUGAGGAAAAAGCGUAAGUUCUUUUGUACCGGGGAAGUAAAAGAGCCUAUUGUUAACAAUAAAAUUAUAUGCAAGGAUAGAAUACUGCUUCCGAUCGCUGGUCAAUCUUGCAGAGAUGCUAUUAUGUAUUGGCAUCCGAAGCUGUCUGAAGAGCAUUACUGUGUUGGAGCCCUUGAAUCAAAGAGUACAGUGCGCAUCAUGUACGUAGAAGGCGAACUCUUUUGCAAAGGUGAUGACUAUUCAAAGCGAGAAUAUUUAUUAGCAUGUGAUUUUUAUGAAGAUCAAGAAGCUCCCGUGGCAGAUUUACUGCAAUAUUAUCCAGAUCCUGAUCCUGAAAUUUCUCCAAAAUUGUACAAAAAGUGACAAAUAAUUCUUAAAUAAACAAUACCAAAAAAA